AUGUUUGUUAACGUUUCGCUACUUCUCAUUAUCAGCUUCUUAUUUGGAUUCAUCAAAACAGAGCUCACUCUCCAUAAUCAAAAGCUUGAAUGGAUUCUUGGCUCAUGGCGAUCGGAAUUUUCUGGAAAGGUUUUUUGGCCAACAGUACCUACUAUGACAUUUGGUGAAGAAUUAAUUAUAGCUGAAGCACCACUUGCCAAAUCCGUCAAUGUACAGUUCCUGAAUUUCAGUGCUCGUGCUUGGUCUCAUACAACAAAAGACCAUUUUCAUGAUGAGUGGGGUUUUAUUACUGUUGAUCCAUCUGGAAAUGCUACACUAAUGACUGCAGGAAACAACGGAUUUACAACAUAUGAAGUGGGAGAAGUAGCUCCAAACAAAAUGAUUUUGACAUUAAGAGAUAUCGGUAGGAUUUCGUUCUCCAGAGAUCUUCCGGUUGAAGAUUUACGAAGAACCUUCAUUAAACACGACGAUCAGUAUUUGGAGCAAAUUAUUGAGAUGCGAACAGCAACUCAUCCUAGUCAUGGCUACUUGGAGCAUACCAGAGUGAUCUAUGCCAAGCAGAAGUAG